UUGUCGGAAAACUGAACAAGCAACAGCACACUUUGGCAGUUGAUGUGGACUGACAUGCACCCUGAAUAAUUUUGUAAUGUUAAUUUACGUUCAUAGCCUACAUUUUUUUAAGACAACCUGUUGUUUUGAACGAUUGCUGAAGAUAACAAAGAGGAUAUCAAAAGGUUGAAUAUAACGCAUGUUAUAUGUCGUGAUAUUAGUAUUUUUAUCAAAAUAUCGUAACUCUCAAUAUUGGUUUUUUUUUUUUUUUUUUUUUUUUUGCUCUGUUUUCGUGGGGUGUGUCCGUCAGAGCAGCACUGAGCGCUUGUUGGAGUCUGUCCGGAUGUGUAUAUGAUGUCUGAUCACUUGUUCCUCACCAGUGCGCAGCUGGCGCCCAAUGGAUUUAUUGUGGAAAUUGUUCUAUAUCGUGUUUAACCAGUUUCUCGGCUCUCUGAAUGAAUCAUAAUAAAGCGACGAUGAUAUUCGCAACUUUUUGGAUAAUGUUGCCUGUUCUUGAUUUAAUGCACUUCUCAAAGGCAGAUGCGAUCACACAGUCUCGGUCUAUUCGGCUGGACUGCGUUAGGGCUCAUGAACAGUGUUUGGCGAAGUACGGCUGCAGCACUAAGUACCGAACCAUGAGACAGUGUGUGGCCGGGAGAGCCGGGAACUUCAGCAUGCUGGCGGAACCCGAGGCGCAGGACGAGUGCAGGAGCGCCAUAGAGUCCAUGAAGCAAAGUCCUCUGUACGACUGCAAGUGUAGGAGAGGAAUGAAGAAAGAGAAGAACUGUCUGCGCAUCUUCUGGAGUAUAUACCAAAGUUUACAGGCCAAUGACUUGCUAGAGGACACGCCAUACGAGCCAGUCAACAGCCGUUUGUCUGAUAUUUUUCGUCUGGCUCCAAUAAUAUCAGGUGAGGCGGCCUUUACGAAGGACAACAACUGCCUGAACGCCGCCAAGGCCUGCAACCUGAAUGACACGUGUAAGAAGUACCGCUCCUUCUACAUCAGUCCCUGCACCAGUAGAGUCUCAACCACUGAGGUGUGUAACAAGCGCAAGUGCCACAAGGCCCUGCGGCAGUUCUUCGACAAGGUGCCACCGAAGCAUAGCUAUGGCAUGCUUUUCUGCUCCUGCCCCUCUGGGGAUCACACGGCUUGCUCCGAGCGCAGACGUCAGACCAUCGUGCCAGCCUGCUCCUACGAGGACAAGGAAAAACCCAACUGUCUCUCCUUACAAGCCUCCUGCAAGACCAACUACAUCUGCAGAUCUCGUUUAGCUGACUUCCUUACCAACUGUCAAACUGAGGCACGCUCGAUUUCUGGAUGUCUAAAAGAAAACUAUGCCAACUGUCUGCUGGCAUAUUCAGGUCUUAUUGGUACGGUGAUGACUCCGAACUACCUCCGUGCCCCUGGCAUCAGUGUGUCGCCUUGGUGUGACUGCAGCAACAGUGGAAACGGAAAAGCUGAGUGUGACAAGUUCACAGAGUUCUUCACCAACAACCGGUGUCUCCGCAAUGCCAUCCAGGCAUUUGGUAAUGGCACAGAUGUUGGUGUGUGGCAACCCCAACCACCCAUCAUGUCCACUCCACCUGCCCCUUACACUCCACAGAGAGGACGGGACAGGACAUCCAAUGCACUGGAUGACCCAGCACUCACCAGUGACCUGGACAGUAACGCGGACCAUCUCUACAGCUUCUGUGGAAGUCUGCAGGCUCAGAAACUGAAAAGUAAUGUUACUCUGGAUGUGCUUUGUGUGGAUCCACAGCUGAAUGACCCCAGUAGUUUCAAUGCAAUAGCUCGGAGCUCACCUAGUGCUGGCUGCUUGGUGGACCGGACUGUGCUGCUGCUGUCUCUGGUCUCAGUUCUUCAGUUUGGGCAUCUCACAGCCCCACAGACAUUAUAGCCGCUCACCGAUCAGACCCGCUGCUGGACUGCUGCUGCCUCCUCUGUACCAUACAAAGAUGUUGUGUUUUUGAGUUUUUCCCGCGAGUGGUUCUGUGCGCGCUGUGGUGUUUUGGUCUGAUGAAACUAUUAUUGGUCCACUUGCUUUUCUUUGUCAUGGACAUCUAGGAUUCCUUCUGUUGCGGAAAACAUUCUGCAAACAGGUGUGGCCUGGACUCUUAUAUGUGGAAUUUUUUUCUACCAUCUCAGCGACAUCUAAUUGAUAAUACAGAGAUGCAUGGAGAUGCAAGGACCACGUCUGACAGUGAAAGGUUGACGCAGCUUCUGCAUACUAAGGUGCUGCAGAUGAUCAUUUAUUUCCUCUGAGCCGAUGCCACAGGAAAGCCUGCAAACUCCAGCUUGUACUCAAACAGUGUGAAGCUGUGCACAGAAUUUUUUUUAAGGCUUAUCAUCAAAACCUGCUGCUCCAGCUCCUUAUUAGGACCUACAAGCUCCAUUCUGCCACAAAGUGGUAGUGACUUUUUGCAAUGCUUCAACUUAGAUGAUAUUGUAAGGGAACCAUACAUCAGGAUAGGCAUGACACUUUAUCACAUCAAAACACAGGCAGCUUUUUUUUUUUACAUUUGUAAAUGUCACAUCUGUUUUAAUUCUCUUCCUCUCCAGCGAAAAACCAUCAUAAGGAUGAAAGCUUCGCAUCGAUUUGCUUAUUUUGUGCCAUUUUGGUACGUGCCAUUCAUCCUGGAUAUUUACUUGUAAAUACCAUCUUUGUUUACAAUGAGCAUAUUAUGCUUCUCAAAGUUUAUUUGUAAUCUAGCAAACCUUUUCGGAUGGCGUAUCACCUCUGUUGUGUAAAAUAUGACAAGUUUUAGUGAUGAAAUAAGUAACUAUGAGGGUUGAUACCACCGUUCACUAUAUGUCAAAUGUGCUGUAUGUACAUUCAGUAAAAAGUUCUCUUCUGCUUAUUUGAAAGAA